AUGAGAAAAGAAAUGAUAUAUUCCCACUGAGUCUAUAUUUGUGCUGCUGUUAAAUCUAAGCAACUAAGCACAAAUCUUAUGCAAGCUUGCAAACAUAGUGAACAUUAGCCUAAUGAAUAUUCAAAAGGAAAAUCUUCUUUAUUCAUCUACUUUAUUCCUGUCUUUGUCCCUUGUAGUUUUAAUUUAUUGCAUUCAUUUAUUUAUUUAUUUUUAUUUGUUUUAAAUUUAUUUACUCAUUUUCAGUGUCUUGCAAACAUGUGCAGAAUGCAAAUUCGGUGAAUAAAUAAAACAAAAUACUGUAAUUCGCCAGUUGUUUCAUUAAGAACUUUAACAUUACUUGGGUUGAACUGUAAGACAGGAUAUGUUUAUAUUUAUAAUGCAAUUAAAUCAGUCACAAGUUGAUGUCACCACAAAUUUAGAGAACAUUCAUAUGAAUGGCAAGUAAUUGGAAGAGGUUUGCCUGUCAUCUUAAUUGGCUUGAGUGGCAAAAAAAGCUCAAUUUGAACCCUGAAAGUGUCUGUUUGUAGUCUGUGAAUUCAAAUCGGUUACUUUAAAAAUCUAAAUAUAAACAAGACCUUUGCUUUGUGGGCAACGUGUUGAAUUACAAUGUGGAAUCUAAAUGGGUUGCGCCAUGCUGAAGUGACCCGAAUCGUAGCUGAUGCGUUAUAAGUAAAGAGCGGGGAGGGGUUGUUCAUGUAAAGCUGUCCUCAAUGUUUCUCACUCUCAUUCACACCCUGUCUUGCGCGACCCUUAAUUUAGCCCUCAUUAAAAUCACAGCAGCCUCCUUGAAUUCACAAUGCAGCCACCUAAUUUCAUCAAAAGCCAGCGGACGGGUAAUCAUUAAUAGCACAACAUCGGUUCCGAUACGUCUCCUUAAGUAAAUACAAUGAUGUUCCUGACAGGAAUUACAUUCUAAUGGAACACAUUAGCGCAGGGAGUGUGAGUCAGGCCCCCCAGGGCCCAGCCCAAUGGGAUUGAAGGACCUUAUUAGUGAGGUAAAAUCUCUCAGAUGAGUGGCCAACCCAAGGUCCUGACCCAGUUCAGUCAGACCAGAUCCCACAAGUACGUUUUUUUUUUUUUUUUUCGAAUGGAAAGUGAGAGAGAAAUGUAAAGAGAGGCUAGAAGAGGGGAAAAUGGAGAGCAUGAGAGCCCUCUCGUUGUGUGCUCGAGGAAUCUAUCUCAUUCAUGAACAGAUGAAGCAGCAUCCCGAACAAGCUCUUAAGUAUAGUUCCAUGGUUGCUUGGAGACCUGGAGGAAUGCUGGGAUGUAGAAUGUGGAUCCUCUUCAUCCUUGUCCAUCUCACAAUGGAUCUGUCUCUGUGUGCACCAGCAGGCCAAGGGCUCACGCUCAAACUACUGCCCAGAUCAGUGCCCCGCCGGCAGCCGUACCCUCUGCCCACUCGGGACAUGCUCACCGGCCAGUACUUGAGGACUCUGGGUGUCUUGCAUCGUGGUGUUCCCCCUCCCUUGCCAUCACUAGGCAAUCACGGGGAGCUGGGGGGUGCCAAACAGUGGGGGCGGAAAAACCGCAGGUCACUCCAAACACGACAACUUUGCACGGAGUGCCCCUCUGACAAAGGGAAGUCAGUUGCAUUACCAGAGGGGAGUAAAUCUGAUUUAAAUCUGCAUUUAUCUCGCUCACGGAGGCAGCUGAAAGGGGACGGCUAUGACUCCCUGGAGGGGAGGACCACCACAGUGGCAGGAUUUAUUGACUGGGGCCCUACAGGGGCCGACGAGGGGCUUGAGGAGGAGGCAAAAGUGACCCCGAAUGCCACAGUCACCUCUUUAGCCCCUUCCACCACCACAGUUCCCGUAACUAGCCCUACCACACGCAGCCCCCAAAGGACGUAUGCGGUUAUUACAACCGCGCAUCCUAAGAGGCACAGCACCACACAGCCAAGCAACUCCAGAGUGACUGCCAAACCACCGAAACCUUUUGGGGACACACCAGGUCUGGCUGUUCACCAGAUCAUCACCAUCACUGUGUCCCUCAUCAUGAUCGUUGCAGCCUUGAUCACUACUCUAGUCCUUAAAAACUGUUGUGCGCAGUCCGGGAAUGGCCGACACAGCAGCCACCAGAGAAAGAUCAACCAGCAAGAGGAGAGCUGUCAAAACCUGACCGACUUCACGCCCGCCCGCGUGCCCAGUAAGGUGGACAUCUUCACCGCCUACAACGACAGUUUACAGUGCUCGCACGAGUGUGUGCGGGCCGGCAUACCGGUGUACACGGACGAGAUGAUCCAGCACACACCCAUCUACAAGACCUCCUACAAUGGAAACAGACCGUCGCCCACUGAAAGGCAGCUAAUCCCUGUGGCCUUUGUGUCUGAGAAAUGGUUCGAGAUCUCCUGUUGAGGCCCUUUUACUACCUUUGGGUUGAGCCCACGUCUUCAAUUUGUGCCCUGGAUCUCAUUGGAAAACCUGUGAAUCAAACACAAAAGACUAAAACACAAAAAAGCAAAACAAAACCACAAGAACAACAACGACAAGCAAUUACAAAGACGGGAAGUGAGACGAACAGGCAGUUUUGUACAAAUGUCGGCUCUCUCUAGAAGUGGACUGAAGAUGUUUAUUUUUCUAGACUGAUGCAGUGCUAUGGAUACCACUCCCAAAUUAUUUUCCAUAGACAUGUGAUCAUUUUAGAGAUGAUAUACCUAGAGCUGAUAUAUUAUAUACGUGUAUUACUGCACAUGUGGGUGUGCUGGAGAGGAGAGGCCGCGGGGACACUCUCUGACACGAUAUGUCUGCUUGUGUGGAGAAAAGACUCUCCUGAACUUUGUGCCAAUAAUGCCAUUAUGUGCCACUACAUAUAUAGAUGGGACGCGUUCAGUUUUGUGGAAAAUUACAGACACAUCAAGUAAUUUCAGUGACUGUCUCCCAAUAUCAAUCUGUCAUCCGUUUUUGUAUAAAAAGUAUGAAUAUGUAUUUGAAAUAUGUUUUGAAAUAGCUGAGGAAAUGUGUUACAAAUGUCCAAAAAAUAUUUAUAUGGAGCACUAUUCAUUUAGAGGAAGAAAAAAAAAAAAAAGAACCCAGUGAGGAAUAGUAUACCCAGGUUUUAAUUUCACUACAUUGUUACUAGGCCCCGUUUUAAAGGAAUAGUCUCUAUUUUUAUACAAACGAGGUUACAUAUGAGUCAGACAGACCCAAUUCAACUGGACUCUUGGGACUGUUAAUCUGCGAGCGGUGAAGGUUCAGUGAAAAGUUGAAGUUUUUUUUAAAGCUAUCAAACAAUGUGGAAGCCAGAUUCAGUAUUCAUUUACAGCUUAUUUGAUUUGCCAAAGCCCUGCUUCAGACGCUCGUUGAGUUUCUUUCUUUUUUUUUUAUCACUGAUGAGAAAUUACAUGUAAGGGUUAAUCAUGUUUACGGACUCACAGACCCUCAGAGAGGUGUUUGAUACCCAUGAUAGUUUGUUAGCUUGUGGGUCGAGCCUAAAUAACACAAUUAUCUAUUAAAACAUUACAAAAUAGCUAAUAAACCUCCUCUACGUUUUAAUUACAAAGCUUAAUUUGAAUAAAUCACCAGACAAUUAUCAGCCUUGUGCAUAGACUCAUAAAGGACAAACUAUUGUGUUACUUUAUUUUCGUGCCUAGUAAUUUGUGCCAACUUGAUUUCAUUUGCUUACUUCUAUAUUUAAAUCUGCAACAAAACCAUGAAUGUCCCCCUUUCAUUGUAUGCUAUGUUUUAAUUCAAGCGAAUAGUUUAUUACUCAUUACUUUAUUACUAUUGACUCAAAGGCAAAUAUUCCAUCAGCAGAAACAGUCUAGUGCCAAUCAUUUUAAUAGCAAUCAGAAAUGCAGUAAUGUACAAACAGCAUGAAACUUGCCAAUCAGCUUGAUUUAUUGAUAAAGUCAGCAGGAAUAAAUGACACUUUGGAUUAGUGUGUGUGUGUGUGUGUGUGUGUGAGAGAGAAUGUGUGCGUGUCUGAAAUCGCAACUCUACUCAAGCAUCACUAGACCAAAGAGCUCCGCUGUGGGAAGCAGUACACGAACAGACCAGGACAGUUAUUCUGUACAUGACGAGUAAAGAAAAUAAGAGGGAGGAUAACUGUUAUUUUAUCCUUAAACAGAUGUUUAAUGGUUACAAUUACAUAUUGUACAAAGGCAAACACUGUGAACGAAGAAAAUAGUUGUUUGCAAUAGCCUGUCGCUGAAAGUGAAACAUCUUGGAGUAAAUUUAAUCAUAGGUUUUCAGAUGUUCCUCAAAAUGUUUAUAAGCAGUAGAGAAUUGUGAUUCUUGUUUUCAUCCUUGGAAGACAGCAAUACAUAUGAAGUUCUUUUUUUUUUUCCCUCUACACUUGUCUAUAACCGACCAAUUUAGAGAUCAUGUGAACCACACUGGCCAAUCAUGUUAGGUAUUUAGAGAAGUACUAAUUAUAUACUGGAACACUAAAGCUCUGUAUUAUGUACAUGUGUAAAUGUAUUUUCUAUAUAUUUACCUCUAUUCUAUCUUGUGAUUUUUUUUAAAUCCUUUUUUUCCCCACAGGAUCAGUGGAAAAGAUUGAAACAGAUUUUUUGUUUACAUUGCAUAAGUCGCUGCAGAGGUUACAGACAGAUAAAUAUACACAUUUUUGUUGUGCCAAGCCUCAAAAAAACAAAAAACAAAAAAAACUGUUGUUUCUGCUGUAGCUGUAGUUCUCCUAAUAAUUAGGAAAUUCCAGGUCAUUUGCAUUACAUUUUAAUACAAGGAAACUAUCACGGGAUAAGAUGCAUUACAGGCAUUUAGCGGGUUUCAAGAGUAUGUUUUUUUGUUUGUUUGGUUUUUUUUUAGUCCAAGUGCUAAACGGGAUUCUUUGAGGUAAAAUAAAAAAAUCUUUUUUUUUUUUUUUUUGGGUGAAAUUAAAAACACUUCAGGUGUUUUGUCAUUCUCUUUCUCUCAGAGAAUGAAAAUAGCUCCAAACCAUCUCAGUCGACAGCUCAAUAAACUGAACGUCAAUUAAAAAACCUGAACAGACGACUGGCCCAUGUGACUGCCAGCACAGGAGAGGAUUUGAGCUGCGAGUCUGAUAAACAUGUCUGGAGUUUGACCGAGUGUGGAAUGUUGACGCAGAGCUCAGAAUCAGUUGAACAAAAAUCUGCUGAAUAAAAGGUUAAUUGACUUUGUGCUAAGCCCCGCCUUAAAAAACUACUGACCAAUCCUACUGUACUUUGCCAACAGUUUGCCAUAUCAUAAGACAAACGUGUUUGAAUAGUUUAAAAUGCAAUUUUAUAGAAAAUAAUAUAAUAUAAUAAUAGACACAUUAUAUUAUAUUAUUAAAAUUGUGUUAAUAGAUCAGUUUAUUUUGCCUGGAUUUUAAUAUUAUUGCAUAAACAUAUCUUUAAAGAAAAAAAUGAAGACAGUCGUUUUCAUUCCAUCCCACGUAAGAAUAAUGUACUUUUUUUUUCUUUUUUAACACCACUUAUGGGCACAUUUUACUACAAGUCAUGCUUUUUAUGUACAUCUCCUAUCAUUUCCGAUUGUAGCUUCUGUAAGGCUUGUACCAAUGGGACAGAGGAAUAGAAAAUUGACCAUUUUCAUCUGUGUGUUACACCUGAAUGUGCUUUCUCAUUCACUUUGAGUCUUUCUCUGAAUGAAACCUGCUGAAUCCAGUGCAAUAUGAUGUUUUUUUAUAUGACAAAUACUUCUAAAUCAGAGCCCUCCUCGUUGUUGACAUGUAAAUUACACACUGCUUAUUGUAAAGGCUUAUUUUGUUGUCAUGUGUUGUAUUUUUUUGUUUUCAUGUGGUACUAUACUCAGGCAUCAUCUAUCUAUGAACAUGUUAUUUUAUAAAAGGCAAGUAUCUAAUGUUUACGGACACAAAUCUUUGUUGGCUUCAGUUCUGUUAGUUUUUUUUAUUUUAUUUUUUUUGCUUAAGCGACGCACAUUUGCAGAGUCACAUUUCAUGAUGACAGGUUUCAUAUGGUGCAGAACGUACUCUAAA